GUAGUCCAAGCUAGUGCACUGGGAGUCAGGAGCUGUCAGAGUUUAGUUUAGAAGUCUUCCUUGGGAGCUGCCUGGUCACAUCAUCUUUUGGGUGUCUAGUUGAGAGAAGCCCAUGACAGUGGCCACGUGAAAGGACGAUUGGCAACAUGGACCCUGGGCCUUCCGGUUUGGGUGGCAGUUUGCAUGAUGAUCUGCUGCGCGGCUUUCAGGAUACGGGCAUGUACGAGUAUGGGGUAGAGUACGGCAUAAUUCAGGAUGGGGAGAUCCCCGAGGUCCAAUUGCGAGGGGAUGCUGCGAGCUCGGAUGCAGCAACUAUGAGCGCCCUAAACCCACAGCAGUUUGGUGGGGCGUCUGUCUCCGGCUGCGAUCGGGACGCCAUAGUGAAUGGGCAGCGCCUGGUUCUGGCAGCGGAUGCAGCCAUUGCAGAUGCUUUGAAAGUGGGAGAGGCGACGCGGCUGCGGAUGGCAACCGAUGAGCACGGCGCGGCCAACGGCUCGGAGGAUGCUGACGACCCCAUGCAGGGAACACCGCCAAAGCAGCGCAAGAAGAGGCGAGUUGCACUUGCACUUGCCGAUCACCCUGCUCACAGCCCAGAUCUCCCUGCCCUGCAGCCUACUGACGAGCAGGGCUGCGAUCUGCUCUUACUGGAGCAGAUGUCGGCGGCGCGCGGCAUGAGCAGCACGGGCAGCGAGGGCGCGUCGGUGGGCGGCCGGAACAACGGCAAGGGGCUGCGCCACUUCAGCAUGAAGGUGUGCGAGAAGGUGGAGAGCAAGGGGCGCACCACCUACAACGAGGUCGCCGACGAACUCGUCCAAGAGUUCUCUGCUCCCAGCCUCCAAGCGGGGUCGCCGGGAGGGGCGGCGUACGACGAGAAGAACAUCCGGCGGCGAGUGUACGAUGCGCUCAACGUGCUCAUGGCCAUGGACAUCAUCACCAAGGACAAGAAGGAGAUCUCCUGGCAGGGCCUUCCCCCCGCACCCGCCUCCACUCUGGAGCGCCUCAAAGAACAGCGUGUCCGCCUGCGCGCCAAGCUCGCUCAGCAGCAUGCCUACCUCAAGGAGACAAGCAAGCAGCACGCGGCGUACCGCAACCUGAUCGUGCGCAACCUGGACCGGCCGGCGAGCGCGCUGGCGUCCAUUGCCGCGCCCCACGGAGCUGCGCCCACUGCGCUGCCGCUGCCAUUCAUCCUGAUCCAAGUCAACCCCGAGGCCUCCGUGGAGAUCCAGAUCGCCGACGACAACCGCCAGGCCAUGUUCGACUUCGCCGGGACAUGCUUCCGCAUCAUGGGCGACGACGAGGUCCUCUACGAGAUGAACAUGCACCUGGGCGGCGAAGGCGCGCAACAGCAGCUGACGGCACCGCUGCAGCCGGCGCCGCGCGCGCCGUCACCCGCGGUGGACUCCGCGCUCUCCCCCGCUGCGGCGGCCAUUGCAGCGGCGGCCGCAGCGCGGGGGCCGCUCCCCAGGCUCGUGCCGAUGGGCAUCGCCUCCGCCACCGCGCUGCCACCGCUCGCGGGGGGCGCGCCCCCCAGCAGCAUGCCGGGUGCCGGCGCAUUGGCGAGCGGCUUGGCCGCUCUGCGCGGGCAGGCGGCCGCGCUGGGGGUGGGGCAGCAGCUGCCGCCAGCAACCUGGUCCCGCCCGGAGCAGCAGCUGGUCAGCCCGGACUCUGCCAGGGCCAUGGAGGAGGGCACGCCACCAGACAGCGUAAAGAGCGCAGGUGGCCAGAAUGGGCGCAUCCCUCAGACGCCCCAGUCUGGGGGCAGCCUGCCGGGCAGCAUCGGGGGAACCAUGGACCUGUCUCCGGGGGGGUUGCUGUCUGCCAUGACCGGCGUGUCAUCCUCACAGGGCUCCCUCAUGUCGCCAACCCCAGAGAUGGUGGGCAAUGCUGCACAGGGCUGGCGCUGGGCUGACCCCCAGAACAGUGCUGGAAUCUCUCAUGCCUCCACCAGCACACCCACUGCCCCCUCCACCCAGCACCUGCAGGACUUGAUGCAGCAGAUGCACGCAAGCAGACAGGAGGGCAUGGCAGGCACCUACAGCCAGGGAUUCCCCAUUGCGAGCCUGGACGCCUCAGGCCACCCCUACAUGAGGCAGUGGCACCAGUGAGCUGGCAGCCUGUCUCCCCUGAACGCAGCAGCAGUGUCACAGGCAGCAGGCUGGUGUCCCCCACACCUUAUGACCCCGGGCCUCUGCUGCAUGUGAGAGGCUUCAAGUGGAGACAAUGUCAUGAGGUGUCAGAGAGGUGUCAGAGAGGUGUCUGGGGUGCCGUAGUGUUGCACAUUUUGCUGCAUUCUGCAGAGCAUGAAGGGUCUGUAAGCAGCGCAGAAAGCCUGUGCAAUGAUUGCUGUUGGAAGCACUCCAUCCAGCUGUACAAAUGAGGCAUUUGAUUGUGAAGGUGUGUGAUAUGGAAUGAGUUAACGGCGGAGGUUGCAGUGCCCCUUUGCUGGAUGCCAGAGCGUGUGAGAGCCCGAAGCAUAUCAUACGUGGCAUCCGCUGACUGAGUUUUGCCUGCCACAACACUUUGUGCAGGCAGGUUCAGCAAUGCUGUCUUGCAAAUGCAUGAGUGCCCCACUCUUGUGUUGGCCGGUGAUGCUAUAGGAGCAUCGCAGUCCAAAACCUGAUGAAAAUGGGAAACUUGGAGGGUGUAGCAGCCUCGUGUAUGUUGUAUGAAGAUGAGAUGGGUUGAAAGAUAGUGGAGUCUUUUGUGUGUGUGAUGGCAGCAGCUAUAUAGCAUAUAUAGCAUAUAUGCACUGCACAACAGGUCUCUGGAUAUGAAAUUAGGGAUGCCCUGUGUAGACUUGACACCUUUCACGAUUGGCUUUGCAGAUCUGCUCAUAGAUUUGAUGUGACCGUUACUCUGCUCUCCGUUUAUUUGGUUUACAUGCCUUCUGCUGAUGCCAUAAUGACGCCCAGCAAUGUAGGAAGGUCGCAUAGGUUGUAUCACACAAGCUGCAAAGAGGAAAUAUGC